CCUUCGCGGUUUUCGUGCCUGCUCGACUUCUGGUUCCUGUUCACCUUCCACGCCCGCCGAGCCUGCUGUGCGGAGAGUGGCGGGUGGACGUUUCUUAUUUGUGACAGGGUGAUCCAUGAGGCUGGAUCGAGAGAUGGGAUGUAGUUGGCCACCACUCCUCCGCAGGAAGACAAACACGGUAGAGCCUGUCAAAUCAUGCCGACCUGGUGAACCCCUUCUCCUUUGGAGUCUACCGCUGUAUGCUGUUCAACAAAAUCACUCCACGGCUGCCCGCUUAGCCCUUGCAGAUUGUCCCCGUAACCGCUGCCCUCUCGUCCAUCGCCCUGGCUCAGUCUCGAACCCAGAAUGGAUAGAAGUGCGUGCGCAAGGCCGGAGGGGCGCCUUCUCAUUUGCUGCACAGCCCCGAUGCCCAGAAGGCCAAGACCGUACCAAGAAUACCAAGACUUUUGGCGGCCACCAGGACAUAUUCUACCGCGUCAUCUUGUGCCCGAUGAUUCCCUUUUCUUGUCUUCCCGUACCGAGAAAGUGGUCUGGAAGCCUCGUUCCUGUUUCUCUUCCACCCUUUCCCGCAUCUGAAGAGCCGUUGGAUUUACCUCUGGCCUGCUCUUUCCACCUCGACUCAUCCACUGACAAACCUAGACCUCGACACCACCAAAACUUGACACUUCUUGACUCUGACCACCAUUUCUCACCUUAGCACCGGGAAACCCGCCCCAGAAAUAAAAAAUAAAAUAAAAUAAAAAUCCACAACAUCAACAACGCCGUUUACGUCUGAAUACGAACCCACUCGCUACCUCUGCGGCAACACGACACGAUUUACCAUAUCUAGCGGCGCCGGUCAUGAACACUCGCUUUCCAUAAACGAAUCCCAUUUUAUUUUGACCUCUUCGACUCUUUUCCCCACACUCGUUCACGACUCCUUCACUCGUUUGACCUGACCUGUCUCAUCUCCAUCGACAAGCAGACCCAAUCACGAACUUCCAUGCCAUUCCUGCAAUAAGCUCUGAUCGCACCAUCAUAAAUCAGCCCGACUCCUAACUCAAGCGACUUGUUUUCCUCAACCGGCGCCCAUCG